AUGCCGGAGUUCGAAACCAUAGUCGUUAAGGGCUAUGAUAUUGCAGAAUCUCUGAGGCAGUGUGCGGUGUAUCUGAUAUUUGGGAUCAAUGCCGUAGGGGGGAGUGACCGUACCUUAAAGGAGGUGAAGAAGAAAUGGCAGGACGUGAAGUCCUCCACAAAGAAGAAGGAAGUAGAUAGACUGAAAAUCCAGCGUCAGACUCGUGGAGGCCCACCUCCAACUGAUAUUAAAGAGCGGGAAAGAAAGAUAGUUGGAAAAAUGUCUAAGAGUGUGUUGUGUGGAAUUCCUGGUGGGUGUGACAGUCUCGUGUCAGAGAUUGAACAAGUAAAGGAGAGUGAGGGGGCUAUAUGUCCAGUUGAUAGUGCUGCAGAGCAGCCUGUGGUUUUCCAAAAUUCUGUGGAUCAACCAGCUUCAUGUGCGAGCAGGGUCAAUGGGAAAAGAAAUGGGUCUUCUACAGAGAAACUCAUUGAGAUCCAACAGGAAAUGCUGGGGUUGAUGAAAGAGGAUCUCAUAGUCAAGCAGAAUAUCCUGGAUACAUUGCAGGAAAUUGUAACCUGCAAAAAGCAGAAGCUUGAUUUUAUAAUGGAAAAUGCCACUUCCUUCUACACAAUGUAG